AUGUCGAGUCCCAGCUACGUCGCGACGACGGACCACGGCAACGGACUCGGCGACCAGUUCGGCUCCACCACCACUAGCUCAUCUGCAGUGAACGGCACCACCAUGAUGUCCGGCGACCAGUCUUCGGCGACGAUCAUCGGCGCCAUGAAGCCCUAUUCCAUUCCCAAAGGCGAAGAGAGUGACAGUUACAACGACAAAGUGAACAACAGUGUGCAGGUGUCCACGCUACCGACCUCCUCUACCACCUCGACCAUCACCAGUACCAGCAACAACAACAGCAACAGCAAUGCCGCCUUCUCACCUGCUCCCAUGGGCAACGGCGGCGGUAGUGGAACUGAUGACGUGUGUCGUGAUUUCCUUCGAAACAUGUGCCGCCGCGGUAAAUCCUGCCGCUACCAGCAUCCUGACAAUGAAGGAGGAGGGGGCGGAGGCGGCGGCGACAGUAUGAUGAUGAUGUCGGCCAACAACGCCGGUGGCCCGAACAUGGGCCAGAUGGGGAACAACAACCGAAAGCAGGACAACUUUGUCUUCUGCCACGACUUCCAGAACCGCGAGUGUCGCCGCGAAAACUGCCGCUUCAUGCACUGCUCCAAACAGGAGGAGGAGAUCUUUCGCAGCACCGGGAAGCUGCCCAAUAACAUGAUCGGCAUGGUGCCCCCGCCGCCGGCGGCCAUGAUGUCUCAAGGCGGAGGCGGUGGCGGCGACGGCAAGGACAUCAACACGCCCGUCUGCAAGGACUUCAUCAACGGCAUUUGCAGGCGCGCUCCGGGUCGCUGCAAGUUUCGCCACCCCGCUUCAAAUGACAAUUACAACCAGUCGCCCUCUCCUACCAGUUCUCGUAAUUCAUUUGACGGUCGCAAUGGCCAACGAGGAGGAGGUGUCGGAGCCCCGGUGGGCAACUUUGCAAUGAGUCCAAUGAACAACUCUCACAGUCUCGAUGCUUACGGCUACGGCCGCCCUCACGGCGUUCCGGGCGCCAACAUGGGCAUUUCCCCCAACUACGGCUACGGAAACGACCAAUUCGCCGACAAUGGCAAUCCGAACAAGCGCAAGCGAUACGACCCAAUGCCUUACGGUGUUGCAAACAAUGCAGCAGCAGCAGUGCCUUACGGUGCCGGGGCGGCUUACGUCACCGAAGCAAUGAAUCCAGCGGUGCACGGUUAUGCGAUGCACCCCAGUGCAGCCGCCAGUGCCUACUACGGCGGAGGAGGAGGGGCCGGCAACGGUGGCGCCGUCGGUGGCAUCGGAGUCGGCGGCGGCGUACGCGGCGGCGGCGGUCCAAUGGUGGACGGCUCGGGGCCCAUGCAUCUCGUUGCCAAGGUCACCGAAGAAGAGAAAGAAAGAAAGCAGCAGCAGCAGCUGAAGAAGCUGUUGCCACACUAUCACCGAUAG